GCCUGGGCGAACACGUGGCUGCCGCGGAGCCAGAGCAGACAUGGCGGCCGGUGGCGGCGGUAGCUACGACCCCUUGGCCCCGGCGGGGGUCCCUUGCGCCUUCUCGCCGGACGGCCAGGCCUACUUCGCCCUCGCCUCCGGCGACGGUCACCUGCGGGUGUGGGAGACGGCCAGCAACCGGCUGCACCAGGAAUACGUGCCUUCCGCGCACCUCAGCGGUACCUGCACCUGCCUGGCCUGGGCGCCGGCGCGGCUGCAGGCCAAGGAAAGUCAUCAAAGGAAAAAAAGGAAAUCAGAAGUUAUAGGAAGCAGUGACCAGGUUGACUUGUUGGCUCUUGGCACAGCAGUUGGUAGCAUUUUAUUGUAUAGUACAGUAAAAGGAGAAUUGCACAGUAAAUUAAUAAGUGGUGGGCAUGAAAACAGAGUCAAUUGCAUACAGUGGCAUCAAGACAAUGACUGCAUAUAUAGUUGUUCAGAUGAUAAGUAUAUUGUGGAGUGGAGUAUACAGACAUGCAAAGUUAAGUGCAAAUGGAAAGGAGACAACAGCAGCGUCAGUUCCCUGUGUAUCAGCCCAGAUGGAAAGAUGUUACUCUCGGCUGGCCGAACAAUCAAACUGUGGGUUUUGGAGACCAAAGAAGUCUACAGACACUUCACAGGCCACUCGACGCCUGUCUCAUCGCUUAGGUUCACGACCGUCAGACCUAAGGAGAGCCAGCCUUUUGACGGGGUCACAGGUCUCUAUUUCUUGUCUGGAGCAGUACAUGACCGGUUACUUAAUGUCUGGCAGGUCCGGUCAGAAAACAAAGAGAAGAGUGCAGUGAUGUCUUUUACAGUCACAGAUGAACCUGUCUAUAUUGACUUGACUUUGUCCGAGAACAAAGAAGAGCCUGUCAAGUUAGCUGUUGUUUGCAGAGACGGUCAAGUCCAUCUGUUUGAACAUAUAUUAAAUGGACACUGCAAAAAGCCUUUGACUUCAAACUGCACAAUUCAGAUAGCAACACCUGGAAAAGGCAAGAAAUCAACACCGAAACCCAUCCCUAUUCUAGCAGCUGGGUUUUGCUUAGACAAAACAUCCUUACUGCUUGUGUACGGCAGUUGGUUUCAGCCUACCAUUGAGCGAGUGGCUUUGAACUCCAAAGAUACUCAUAUAUGUUUAGAAAGAGACCUUUCCAAUUGCUGGGCUCCAACAGUAGAAACGGCUAUAACCAAGGUGAGAACACCAGUGAUGAAUUCUGAAGCAAAGGUUCUGGUGCCUGGGAUUCCUGGACAUCACGCCCCCAUCAAGCCUCCGCUCUCACAGCCUAAGGAGGUGGAGAAUAAGAGGAAAUUAGGCAGUAAUGAGGCUAGCAUCGAGGAGCGCCUUGGAGCCAUGGAUCUGGACAGAAAAGGAAGGAAGGAUGACCUGCAGACAAACAGCUUCCCAAUCCUUCUCACACAGGGCUUAGAAAGCAAUGACUUAGAAAUGUUAAAUAAAGUGCUUCAAACCAGGAAUAUAAACCUAAUCAAGAAGACUGUGCUAAGGAUGCCCUUGCAUGCUGUCAUCCCACUGUUGCAGGAGCUUACCAAGAGGUUGCAAGGACAUCCCAAUAGUGCUGUUUUAAUGGUUCAGUGGCUGAAAUGUGUGCUGACGAUUCAUGCGUCGUACCUAUCCACGUUGCCCGACCUGGUACACCAGCUGGGGACCCUCUACCAGCUAAUGGAAAGCAGAGUCAAAACGUUCCAGAAGCUCUCACACCUGCACGGGAAGCUCAUUCUUCUCAUCACACAAGUAACAGCAUCAGAAAAAAUGAAAAAAGUGCCUUCCCCUGGACAGAAGGCAAAAUUGGUGUAUGAAGAAGAAUCUUCUGAAGAGGAGUCUGAUGAUGAAAUUCCAGAAAAGGAUUCUGAUGAUAAUUGGGAUGAAGACGAAGAGAAAGACAGUGAAAAAGACGAGGGUGUUGGUGAAGACAAUGGAGAGGAGGAGGAGGAGGAAGAGGAGGAGGAGGACAUUGAAGAUGAAGAGAACGGGGAGGACAGAGAUGUGUCAAGUGAGAAAGAGUUGAAUGGAGAUUCUGAUCUAGAUCCCGAGAACGAGAGUGAGGAAGAGUGACGCAGGAGAGAAGCAGCCAGUCACACUGUGAACCCUGGCUCGUCUUGCCCAACGCUGCCGCAGCCUCCCAGGGAGGCUUGCCACGUGCCGGAGACAAGAGGCCGCCGUCAUACGCUUCCAAGUUCACAGAGGCCACACCACCUUCCUGUCCUGAGAGCCCCAGAAUGUAACUGUGUAAAUAAGAGUGUUUCAUGCAAAUGUUAAUAAACUUUACACAGUAAAUAGACACACUUUCUGCCAUGUACUGACACGAGUGUCCAUAUACGGUAUAUUUUUAUAAUACAAUACUCUAGUAUGACUGGUUCGAUCAUAAACUGGCUUAGGUGAAGACAGACGUGCCGUGGGGUCAGGAACUGGACGCUUGUGGAGGAGUCGGCUCUCAUCUCAGGGUGGUGUCUUCCGUCAGUCCAGAUGCCAAAGCAGCACUAAUGAAUUGUUCUUAAUCUGGCUUACCUAAUUUGAUACGUUUUCAUAAAACAUGAAGGCAUAACUAAAAAUUGAAGUGAAAACGGCUGUGAUUCACAGAAAUAAAAUCACAGUGUCCCCAGUUUGUCGUCUAACUGGUCAUCGGACUUGGGUCAGACUGGACAUUCGGUGUGCUUCCCCAAAAUAACACUUAUUUUUUAAAGUGUCAUGUGAGAUAUUUUUUUAAACAAAACAAAAUAAUGGUAAUUAAAGAAGCAAAGAUUUAGCCAUAUUAAGAGUGUUCUUGUCUGCAGAUUGUAAAGAAUCAUCUGUGUAUAGAUCAGACAUGCUCUUACCUGCAGCUUUUUAAAACUUCAGUCACAGCUGCUUUUGAAGAGGUUUCCAUUUUUAUUUCAAUUACUAAUGGAUCAGAGAACAAUUGUUUAUUUUUUCUCUUUGGUUUUAGAUAUUAAUGAUAACCUUGCUGGAAUUUUUUUCCAAAGAAACUAUUUUUAUAAUUCAGUAAUUUAACGUUUUCUUUCCUCUUCAUUACCCACUCUUGGCAGGGCUAGGGUAUCUGUUUAUCUUUAAAAAUGAUAAAUCUUACUCAAGAUUUUUUUAUGUAUGUAUAAAGUAUUUUGGUGUGCUACACAGCUUUUUCAAAUUACCAGUAAUUUGUCUUGUUUUUAAAAGAGUGAGCUAGUACUGACUUAGUGCUCACUAAGGGGCAGGUGGAGAGCUCACUUCUGCAGAAGGGCUGAGCAGAUGCGUUGACUUUCCCACCUGUGAAUGUGUAAGAACACCGGUACCCGGGAGGACUCCAUCAGAGGCAGAGCAGGCUGCACAGCCGGAGCAGGAAGAGCAUCUUGGGCAAGCUGCUGGUGCGAUGUACAGUUAUUUGUCUAUAAAUGGAGUUGUUUAUGGCAAUUUAAUACCAUUCUCUUUGUAAAGUGAAUAAAUACUCAUCUUUACCCAG